GGUGGGUGAACAUAUAAAGUGACUACUACACUACGAUCGUAGUUCAAGAACUUCACGUGGUUCUGUUCCGAACGGACCUUGCAUGAAGCUGGCCAAGUGACUCGUGCAUGUUGUGAUCAGUGACAAGACUUUUUUUUUCUUUAUUUUUUCCUUUACCGAGUAUAAGUUUCUCGCAAAGGGAUAUCGCGAAGUGUGAUUACCAAGUGUGAUUCUAAAUAAGGCAGUUACUCCAAACGAGAAGAAGACGAGAGAAGACGGACCACGUCGACAAAAUGAGGAAUCACUACGACGAAGAGAACAGCCCGGAGAACAAUCCGGAGGAAGACAACAUUGUUGUCGAUCAGAAUGCCCCAAGCACGUCGCGCAACUCGUACGUCGACAUUGAUAAUCCGCAACCAUCGACCUCGCGUCAGAAUCCGCCCCCGCCUUCACAACAAUCUCAGCAGCAGUCGCUCCCUCCCAUGGAUCCUAACGUCAGGAGAUACCGGACCGCUUUUUCGAGGGAACAGCUAAGUCGCCUAGAACGUGAAUUUUCUAGGGAGAAUUACGUCAGUCGCCCGCGAAGGUGCGAGUUGGCCACGCAGCUUAAUUUGCCGGAAUCUACGAUAAAGGUGUGGUUUCAAAACCGACGCAUGAAGGACAAGAGGCAGCGAAUGUCCAUGACAUGGCCCUUCUCGAUAUAUCCGUAUCCGGAUCCGAGGGCAUUAGCGGAUUUCUUCAGGCUAUCCGGUUGCCCGUCAUACUUUCCGGCGGUGCCCUACGCGAACCCGAUUAUCCCAUCCUCACCGGACAAUCGUGUACCGGCGACGAGACACUUGUCUCCCUCGGCGUCGUCAUUCCAAGAUCCAACCUCCUAUUACAACGAAUAUACUAGAUUUCACUUGAAUCUCCGACCGACACAUGUACGACUACAUCCGCACUCGUAUAAUCCGUACAUGCCCCCGCAACUGCUGCACUCGUCGAACUCGCCGAACUCACCAUCCCUGCAAGUUCUGAAUAUGCCGAACAUGACCGGCUCCUCUGGCUUUUCCUCGGUGAACAACUCGCUGAUCCCUGCCACCGUAUCGGCCCGAUUGCCAUCGAUCGAGGAACAUAGCCCAGUCAACUCUGACACCUCCAGCGAGUACGACUGCAAUGCAACUAAUCAAUCGACGCAUUUGCAGUCGCCGCCGCAUUUACACUCACCGCCGCACCCGCAUCCGCAUCCGUAUUUUUCGCCCCUCUUAAACACACCUACGGGCGUGACGCCAACAUCGGUGCCGCAGCGAGAAAGACUCAACAGCGGUGAACAACAUCAGCCGCAGCAGAUGAGACUGAACGGCAUGAGUGUGCCAGUCGUUACGGUACAGCCGUACGCGAACAACGCCACCACCACGUAUAAUCACGUAACGAUCCCCUCGACAUCGGGAAUAUCGGUCUCCUCGCCGUCAUUGAACAAACCUGAGCAGAAGCAGAAGCAGAACCAGCAGCAAGACCAGCAGCAGCAACCUCAGCAAUCGCAGCAACCGCAGCCAACGCAGCCCAAGUUGUUCCAGCCCUACAAGAACGACACGUUAGAAGACAAGCCGGAUCAAAACGGUACGAUAUAAAAUAAAACAAUAGUGUAACAUCGCAUCUCGCCGUACGCGCGGCUAUGGCUGUGACUAUGGCCGGUAUUCAUAGUCUAGUUUCAUUUCAAGAUUACCUAAGUAAUAUCUUAAUCUUAAGAUACUGAUACGGCUUUCUGAUUGGUUGAUGUCGUCUUAAGAUGAUACUCAAGACGAUCUUAAAUAUAAGAACGAACUAUGAAUAUCGGCUUAUAAUCGCGAUGACUGAUCGGGCAUAUAACUGCAAUGCAUAUAUACACUGUAUAUACCUACACACAUGUGCAUAGACACACACACACGCGCGCGCGCUGUGCCAAAUUAUUCAUCCCGUAUGUUUCGUUAUAUAUUACAGAGCCGUUCUUUACACAUAUAUUACGCACGCAGUGAUGUACAUUUGUACAUACACAUCUAAGAUAAUUAUUUUUUUAUUCGCAAAUAUUUUUUAUUCAGUCUUCUUCAUAACAGUCCAAUGUCUCUUAAUAAUUGGGAUAAGCGCGCGCACGCGCGCGUGUGUGUGUGUGUGUACUACGUAACCGACGCGAUCUGUUCAGCAGAUUUUAUCUCGGAAUGCACACGCUGUCAUAAGUUACAAGUAGCUCGUGUUUUAGACUCUGACUGCGCGUACACAUGUCCACGAUUUCGGACUUACAUGCCUGUACAAUCGACAAUUUCCACGUCACUUCUUGAAAUAUCGUGAUAAGACGUAAUAAAACGUGUAUAUACGUGAUAUUUAUUAAUCUUCUGCAAAGAUAGAUUAAUUCAUUUAAAAAUAUACAUUUGCAAAUUUCCUAUAAUGGUAUAAAUGAGUGUGUGCGUGUGAAGGAAAAAUAAGUGCCAAAUCACAAAUUUUUGAAAUAAAUGAAUAUUACAAAGAAAAAAGUUGACUCAAAAAAUGCAGAAGAGGGAGAGAGAAGUUGAACGGAAAUGAAAAGAGGACAAAUGAAUAUUAUAUAAUAUAUAUUUGUGUUAUAUAAUAUUAUAAAAUAUAAUAAACAUGUAGCUUAUAUAAAAUAAAUAUUAUAAUACAUAUUUGUAUUAUACAUAUAUGAAUAUGUACGAAAAUAUUUAUAAUAUAACAAGCUACAUCGCGCCAAAUUUGAUUUGAUAUUUCUUGUUCACAAUUAGUCGAAUAUAUAAAUAAGUGCAUCUUUAUAAUGUAUGCUUUUAUUUCUUUACUUACAGUAUAUGUAUACGUACGCGCGCGGAUGUGCGUGAAUAUAUCGUAAGUAAAUAAAAAGCCUCUCGUCGUCAACUUUCAUCAUCAAUCUAUUCGAACGUACGCUCAAUACUAUUAUAUAUUUGUGCAUAUAUCUAUAUAUAAUAUUCAUUUCCUAUUUUCAUUUCUUUUCUGUUUUUUUUCCAAUUAACUUUUUCUUAGUUGUAUUAUUAGUAUUAUUAGUAUUACUAUUAGUAUAAGUAUGAUAUAGGUUUUUUUUAUCUUUCGCACGUGUAUGUAGAUUUGUUUCCUACUUAUUUAUAUUCUUUUUCUUGUAUUUCGUAUUAUUGUAAGAGUUUGAAUCUUCUAAAUCUUGACUUGACAAUCAGAUGUUGAAUAAACGAGCAAGUAUGUACGCAUCUUAUCUUGUAUAUGUAUAUCUCGUAUUAAUUUUUUGUAAUAUUUUAUUUUAUGCUUUUAUAUUAUAUCGUAUAUCUUGAUUUGACAGCCAUUGUUGAGAAACAAUGAAGAAUGUACAUAUUUUAAAGUAUUAUUUUAGCGUAGUAUUAUUUUUUAUACUUUAUUUUAUACUUUUAUAUCAUUCUACGUCAUUCCAUUUAUAUAUUAUUUUUAUACAAUUAUACAUCUCAUAUAUCAUUAUUUUAUGCUUUUAUGUUAUUAAUUUAUUCAAUUACAUUUCGAAUUAAUUAUACCAAAUGAUUAUACAAAAGUUUGCUGAUUUGGCACUUAUCCUUUCUGAGAGACGAUAAGAGCGAGCUUCCGUUGCACCGUCUUUAGCUGCGUGCAAUUUUCUGUUGUUUCACAACUUCUGUACUUUGCCACAAAAUAUGAUAUGUAACAGUGUUAUUACUGAUAUAAUCUUAUUACUGCGUAAUGAAACUUUUCCCGUGGGAACGAAUAAUUCAAGCUGAGAAUUUAGGAAUGUGGCAAGAGGAAACAGGAAGCGAUUUUCUAUUAAUUCCUUGACUUAUUUGUUUGCUUUUAUAUGCGGAGCGAAAGGGCAUAUGUACAUGUAAAAAAUCGUUAUUAUGAUCGGCGCAGAGAUUUUUAACAAAUUAUCAGUGUAACAAACGUCGUUAUGUAAUUGAAAGUCGAAUAAAAAAAUCAGAAUAUACGAGAAUAA